ACUAAGGUUUUGAUUAAUUAAUUGCAUUAUUUGUUACAUAACUUAUGUGAAAUUUUAAGAAUUAUUACACAAUAAUAUUAUGUUCCUUAACUUUUCAGUAUGGCUAUCAUAAAUUUGUCAUCUAGAGAUUUGUUUGCCGAAAUUGGCGUGGCAUCGGUGUUACUGAGGGCUGAUGAAAAGUUGGCCACGGCGCAUUGCGUCUCCGAGGACUUCCAGAUGGGAAGAGGCAUUGCCAUAAACUUCAAGAUGAAGUACGGAGCCCUUGGAGUCCUGAUGGGCCAAAAGGUCCGGGUCGGUGGUGUGGCGGAAUUACAUCCGAGUGACGAGGGAGGUAAACUUUAUGUUUUUUACCUUGUCACGAAGGUGUUAUUCCACCACAAACCGACUCUCUAAUCACUGGCCGAUUCGUUGAACCAGUUGCGGGAUCGAUUGAUCGAUUUAGAAAUAAAUCGAUUGAUUAUUCCAAAGCUUGUGUGCAAUUUAGAUCGGAUGG